AUGUUUCUUCUUAUUCGUUUAUUGAAUACUCAUUCGAUUCGCCAUUCUAGUAGAAACCGUAAAUUUUUUGCUAACCUGAAAAAAUAUUAUCGUUCAACAACGUUCAAUCUAUUUAUGGCAUCGAAUAAUCAAACUUGUUUUAUCUUUGAUAAAGAUGAAUCAACGAAAAUCCUCAUUCAAAUGGCUUAUGAAAUUCCGUCAACACGAAUACGUCGUCAAUUUAAUUUAUUACGUUCCACUGAUGAAUCUGUUUCACAAACUAUACGUCGUUUAACAGCGAAUAUUGAACAUACUCUAAUGAAAGAAAACAAAGCGAAUAAACGUCGUCAAAAACAACACACCGAUGUGAAAUCUGAUAAUGAAAAACAAACGAUUCUCGUACAAUUAUUUGAUAGUAACGAUCAACUCAUUGAUGAAAAUCAAACUAAUAAUAAGCAAGCCUGGAUUAAUUGUAAAAAAUUAUUAAUUAAUGAACAAUCGUAUAAUGUUGAAUACAAUGCGCCAGCUGUUAUUAAAUUUCGUUUUCCUGAUAUUAUUAUGACUAAUUGA